UAGACAAAAUCAGGCCAAGGGAAGACAAUCCAGGUUGACUCCAAUAAUUUGUACAAUAUAUUAGUAAAAAGGAUAGAAAGCAUGGCCGAAAAUGAAGGGAUGGUUCAUUUUCGAGUAGUUCGUUUCAUUUAUGAAGCUGGCUUGAAGCUUCGUAUGAAAACAAUAUCUCUGGCAUCAGCUUGUGUCCUGUAUCAUAGAUUCUUUAGAGAAAACAGGCUAGAUGACUAUGAUCCAUAUUUGAUUGCUGCCACAUGUUUGUAUCUUGGGGGCAAGACAGAGGAAGAAGAGCAUGUUAAACUUCGAGACAUUGUUAAUGUAACAUACAGAACAUUAAAUAGAGACAAGCCACCUUUAGAGAUGGGCACCACCUUUCAGCACUACAGGGAUUCCCUAGUUAACUGUGAACUGUUUUUAUUAAGAAGCUUGCAUUUCAAAUCAGUCGUUUACCAUCCACAUAAGUUUUUAUUGCAUUACUUGAAAUACCUUGAAGACUGGUUUGAUCCUUUCACCUGGCAGUCGGUCCCUCUGUCACGCACCUGCUGGGCACUGCUUAGAGAUUCAUACCACUCACCUCUAGCCUUGAGGUACAAACCUCAACACAUUGCUAUAGCUGUGAUAUAUAUGGCCCUCCAGAGCCAUGGCAUAGAAGUACCAUACAACAGAGUUGCAGAUUCACCGUGGUGGAAGGUUUUCAAGGAGGAUAUUUCACUGAAUGAAAUAAAAGACAUAAUUAAUGAGAUAGUGUUUACAUAUGACAUGGAAAACUCCUUACAAACAUGAAAGAUUUGUGUUGUAUUUAAAACAUAGAUAUGAAAUGGAGUUUCAGAGUUCUCAAAGGAUUGCACUAGAAAAUAGUCAAACAUUUUCCGUAUGACAGAAGAAGAUCUGGAAAGGCGAAAGAUUGUUGAUCAGAUAUAUUGAAAAGUUGUAUGAUUUCAAGGAUUGCUUGCUUAUUACAAAAUGUAUAUCUGUCGCUGGAAGCAAAAACAUAAAGACAUUUACUGUAUAAUGGACAAGUUUGCAACAUGGAAAUUUGCAGAAUUCAAGAAAUACACAAAAACAUCAGCUAGUGUAAAGUCCAUAUUUACCAAACAAACUUCUCUUUUGUACCUAAGUUUUUGGCAAUUUGUAAAUAUUUCAGCUUGCCAAAAGUCAUGAAUUGAACUUUUUGGCCCUCAAAUAUACCAGCUUAUGGUAUUAUUCUGUUUCAAACUGGUUGUUAUCAUGGGUUUACGAUGCUUCUGUCAGCCUGUGUGGUAUUCCAGAACUCCUGAAGUUUUUUUAUAUAACUUACGACAAACAUUCACUACAUAAACUUGGCUUUAAGAUGAAGACCAUGCAGGUCACUGGUUGUGUUCAUUCUCAACUCUGUAUGCAAGAGUCAUUAAUUUUAUAAAAACUGCUUAAAAAUAUAGGUACAAAAUAACAAGUGUAUGUUUAAGGUCAUAUGCUGGCUCUACUGUAUCAGUUAUCUUCAUCGUCAAGAGUUUUAAUGUAACACUACAGGUCACUAUUUUGGUCAGUCAAAAGGAAACUUGAUCAGUGUGUUUGUCUCUUUAAAAUCUUACGACGAUUUGGAAACCGAGUCAUCUUUAACACCUUUACAGUGCUGAAUUUCUAAAAUGGACUGGACCAUCUUUCAGUUUGGACGGUACCAUUUAUUGUUAGGAGGAGUGUUCUGACUGAAUAACGAGCAGAGCAGACCAUGAUCAGCCUGCAUGGAUGUGCAGGCUGGUCUUGAUCUGCACUGGUCGCAAAGGCAGAAUCAUGCCUGCAGCAGGCUAAAGGUUAAAACAAAAGCUAUGUCACUAGGUCAAUAAAUAGCAAGUUUUGUGAACACUUGUGUCACAUUUUCUACUUGAUCAUCAUAAAUCUUUAUGAGAAUGUUUGCCUCUAUGAAAUAUACUAGUAGGUCUAAUUUUAAACUUGCUUACAAUGUAUCUUAAGCCAAAAACUAGAUCUCUAUGGCCAGUUGUAGGAAAAACUUUGUUAAUAUACAUUGUAUUUGUGGCAACAUUAUAUACUUUAUCAUCAUAAAUAUUUGUCAGAAUGUUUGUCUCAAUUGAAAUCUAGAUUAAGUAUAAAACUUUGUAAUCUAAUCUCAAAAACUGGUCACAAGGCCAAAUCGUGGGAAAAAACUUUGAUAAUAUGCUCUAUACCACAUUUUCUGCCAGAUCUUCAUAAACCUUCGUUUGUUUAUUAGUUAAACAAGGAAGUAAGCUGAGCAUUGUAUAUUAUGUUAAACAAUGUUUAGAUCGAUGAGUGAAAUAGCCGUAUGUUACUAGGUUCUUUACUACUAAGAUGAAUGUUUAUUUUAUUUGUUUAACGUCGCACCGACACAAUUGUAGGUCAUAUGGCGACUUUCCAGCUUGAUGGUGGAGGAAGACCCCAGGUGCCCCUCUGUGCAUUAUUUCAUCACGAGCGGGCACCUGGGUAGAACCACCGACCUUCCGUUAGCCAGCUGGAUAGCUUCCUCACAUGAAGAAUUCAAGCCUCGAGUGAGGCUCGAACCCACAUCGAUGAGUGAAGAUCAGCAUUUUUAUUGUGAUGAUGUUUUAUUGAUAAUGUUAGAAUAAAAAUAAACAAUGCCUUUUGGCGGUUAAUCAUCUGA